AUGCGAAUUUUAACUGGAAUCCUCGUUUCAUUAUUGCUGAUAAUAAAUUCAUCAGCAGCAAUACAUAUUCUGAGACUGCUCGCCAAUUAUGGACUGACAAACACUUACGCAAUUAAAACGGAACAAUUACCAAGAUUCAGUGAUUAUGAUUUCAUUGUCGUUGGAGCCGGUCCUGGUGGUUCUCCAGUGACCAAUCGUUUAUCAGAGAAUAAGAACUGGAGGAUUUUACUCCUAGAGGCCGGUCAGCCGGAACGGAUCUCGAAUCAAAUACCGAUGUUGUCCUUUGUUAAUUCCGAAUACGAUUGGAAAUACAGGAGUGAGCCGCAGAGAAAAGCAUGUCUAGGAAUAAUAAAUCAAAGAUGUCCCAUUCCCAAAGGAAAAUCGUUAGGUGGUACCACCACCAUAAAUGGUAUGGUUUACUCGAGAGGACAUAAAUUGGAUUUUGACAUUUGGGCUGCACAGGGAAAUUAUGGUUGGUCAUACGAUGAAGUCCUGCCAUAUUUCAAGAAGAGUGAACGCGCAAAUCUUAAUGAGCCAGUGGAUGAAUCGUAUCACGGCAGAGAUGGGUAUGUACAUGUGCAAAAUGCUCCUUGGCGUACUCCUCUCACAGCAGCAUUUUUAGAAUCCGGGAAAGAACUGGGAUACGAUGUUAUCGACUACAAUGGACAACGACAGAUUGGAUUCUCGGAUAGUCAAUUGACUAUGUUGAAUGGUACACGAUGCAGUGCUUCAAAAGCAUAUCUACGGAUAAACCGGUCAAACUUGGAUAUCGUGACAGAAGCAACAGUAUCGAGAGUAUUAAUUGAUGAGAAGAAUCAUGCGUACGGCGUAGAGUUCAUCAAACACAAUAAAUCAUAUCGAAUUAAUGCUAGAAAAGAGGUGAUCUUAUCAGCCGGCACAAUCAACACACCGCAAAUAUUGAUGCUUUCUGGAAUUGGACCCAAAGAGCAUCUUCAAGAGUUGGGAAUCAACGUUGUGAAGGAUGCUAAAGUUGGGUAUAAUUUUUGUGACCAUGUUGCUUUCUCUGGUCUCACGUUCUUGGUGAACCAAAGUGUCACGUUGCUUGCAAAAAAUACACUAACACCAAGAGCUGUACUCCAAUACGCUAUUCAAGGAACUGGACCAUAUUCUACAACUGGCCCCGCGGCCGUAGCAUUCACUCGUACAAAAUACGCAACUGAUGAGCGACCAGAUCUCGAAUUACUUUUCCGCGCAGGAUCAUUCCACAGCGAUAAUGAUGGAAGCUUCCGAAAAGCACGACGUAUUAGCCAAGAAGUUUAUGACACAGUUUGGAAGCCUAUCAUAGGUCAACAUGCCUGGACAAUUUGGCCGAGUGUGCAACUUGCUCAUAGUAAGGGACGCAUCACAUUGAAUUCAACCAAUAUUCGGGAUCCUCCACUAAUUGAUCCCAACCUCUUGGACAAUCCAAUCGAUGUGGAAAUUCUUGUUGAAGGAGUUAAACUCGCGAUAGAGAUAUCUAAAUCUCAAGCUUUUCAGAAAUACGGCAGUAAAAUGCAUGAGAUAAAAAUCCCUGGGUGUGAGUCGUUAGAAUUCGCCUCGGAUGAUUACUGGCGUUGCGCAAUUCGCCAUGUCACAAGUACCUUUAAUCAUGAGAUGGGAACUGCUAAAAUGGGUCCAACUACAGACUCUGCAGCUGUUGUUGAUCCGGAAUUACGAGUACAUGGAGUUGGAGGACUGAGGGUCAUCGAUGCUUCAAUCAUGCCGGAAAUACCAGUGGGACAUUUGUCAGCCACAAGUUACAUGAUCGCCGAGAAAGGUGCUGAUAUGAUUAAAAAAUCAUGGCAGGCUUAAGAAUUAUAUCAACAUUCUCUCCCUGAACUAUUAGCUACUAUUAUCAUUCACUAAAAAUAUCUCCAAAUAUUGGAAUUAAAUUAUCAAUCUGACGAA